GACCGACGCGCGCGUUACCUAAAGCUUUCGAACUCUCAAAUGGACAGUGUGGAGAACGCUGUUGUUCCAGAAUGGCUUUUGGAAACGAAAGAAAAGAUUUCCGAAUCACAGGAGUGGCUCGAUUUGUCUGCAGAACUUUUUACGGCGAUACAAGAGCAACUGAGAGAAUACAACGUUCUCUUCUAUACAGAUUUGAAUGACGAGGAGAAAGCAGUCGUGAUGGACAAGGCGAGUGUUGCAGUUCAGACAGGAGACAAAUACAAGGCAUUAAACAGACGAGUGUCAUCCGUACUAGAUAAACAGUUGAAUUUACAUUCAAUUGUGAAGUCAGAAAAUGAAAUGAAGACGAAAACUGAGAAACUGUUGAAUUGUGCAGCUGAAGGGAGUGCUGCUCUACUUCGACGCUGGCCUGAUCAGAAAAGUCGUACUCGUGUAUGUUUCAAUAGAGAAUUUCCUGCUGUUUUAAGAUUUGAAGUGUGGAGAUUGUACUUGGGAUGUUGUCGAUAUGCAACCAAAUACCUCGAAACAGUGAAGAGAAAUCGUAUAGAAACUGUGUCUGUUAGAGACUUGGAGAUUGGCCAGAAAUGCGAAGCCAUUCUUAGGUCAAGUGAUGGUCAACGAUUUGGGAAAUUAUCAGAAAACUUGAGUUUUGUGUUUGCAAUGAAAUGUGUGUUGUCAUGGUAUCACCUGCAGAAAGGUGGAUUGGACCUGAGUGAGAGUGAUUAUAUGCUUGCAAUACCAAUAGUGUCUGUUGUCAUGCAUAUGUUGGGUCAUCAUGGAGACAACAGUGUCAAUGAGAAUGUUGUGUCUUUAAUUAUCGAGAUGUAUUUUUCAUUGUUGGAGAAAAGACCCAAGGCUAUUUUGGAACUGUCCAAUGAGGACAAUAAGGCAGCAGCCAAUGUAAUGGCCCAGAGAGUAGAAGUGUUAUUGAGCAGUAUUGAUUCUCAACUGUGUUCUUCACUUUAUAGUGCACUGGCUGUUUCAUCUGCAACACAAUCAGGAAAAGAUUCUAAUCAAGAACAAGUUCCAUUGUACAAACGAUUGCGGAAUCUCCUCUAUCCAGUUGUUAGACGACUUUUUGUGGGAUAUGUCAGUCUAGAUGUGGUUUGUUAUAUGUGGGAUCAAUUGGUUGUUGUUAUUGAUAAUCCACUGGAGGACUUUCUACCAUACUUGUGUACUACUCUUCUGUUGCUUCUAAAGGACAGUUUGCAGCAGUGCCAAUCGAGGCAUGCCGUUGAGCAUGUAUUGUUGACUCACAGCAGCAAACUUACAGUUCGACAAUUCCAGAGUCUGAUUGAUCAGUAUUUCAUUCAAGAACUUCAGCAGCUGUUGCAACUGCAGUUUAGUCCUAGUACUGCUCCUGUUGUGGAUCCUCUGGCAGCAAUUGGCAUGCCUCUUCCUUGGGAACAUUGGUUUCGAGCCACUGAUAUUAAUUCUGAUAGCCUGGUUCAUGAUCGUCACAUCCAAAGACAGCAGCGAGGUGAAGAAUAUCAAAGGUUAAUGGAAGCUAAACGAGAACAAGAAGAAAGCAGGCGAAGACAUCAACUGGAGAAAGAGCGAAGUUUGGAGGAGGAAAAAGCACAGGUAGAGAGAGAAAUGAAGCAGAAAGAGAAUGAACAACGAAUGCUGGAAGAUCAACUGGAGCAGGAGAAAACACUUCGGCAAAGAGCUGAAUCAGAGCAACAACAGCAACAACGUGAACUCGAAAGGCUACGACAGGAAUUAGCAGCUUUGACAACAACAAGAAGACCCAGUCAGUCAUCAGAGCAGCAACCGGGAAGCGAAUCAGUGCAAUCACAUCACACUGCAGAAGCAUCUGAAAAUGUGCAAGGAACAGAAGAUCUCUUGCCGGCAGUGACACAAGGUUCACCGCCACUAGAUACCCAUCUGACAACCGAUCAAAUCAAUACUGUGAUGACUGACACGUUGCAAAGAGUAAUGAGUGCCAUCAAUACAUUUACUCAUGGACCAGUUGCUAACGAACACAAUGAUGCAGUGUGACUCUUCAAGAUCUAUUGAUGUGACAAAUAUCAAUGGUACAGUCGCUUUAGCUUGGCUGUGUUUGUGAUCUACAUAAAUCACCAGCAGAUUCAAAGUCAAACUAGAGAUCCAUCAGAAAGUAAGCUGAUGAUUAGAUAUAGAUAUACAGUAUCAUAUCAAUUUAGUUGAUAACAAUCCAGUACAGUAAUUAGACUGUGUAUACUGACUUAAUUUACAUGUACAGUGUACAUGUACAAUAAUGUUCGACCAUUGUCACUUCAUUUGUAACAUUUUCCUGUUGACUGUUCGACUAUUGUACAGAACUGCCUUCUUGUGAGUUAUCCAUUAAUUAUA